CUGGUACACAACCAAGUGGUACGUCUGCAGCAGUUGCACAGACUGUAGCAUCUUCUUCUUCGGGUCCAGCGGUGGGAGCUACACCACCACAACAACCUGUUCCUCAACAGGGACAGCCGCAGGGUCAAUGGUAUCCUAAGACCCCAAUGAAACCGCCUCUUGCCUUCUCAGAUGAGAGAAAGGACGAAAAGCUCAACACUUGGUUGAGGAUAGUCCCGGUUUGGGUGAAGGCCAAGAGGACCUUGCCGGAGGACGAAGUGGUUACCGUUGCAUCUUACCUCGAGGGCAAGGCAGCCAAAUGGCUAGAUGGAGUAGUUGUAAAGGCCGGGUACGGGCGACGCAUGGCGGACCGGGCUAAGUCUUUAACGUUAGACCAGUUCAUGGAGAUGGUAGAAGCUCGAUGGCAUAAUCCACAGGAGGCACAAAGAGCCACUGAUGCGAUUAACAAGUUGGACCAACGAAAAUUCAAGUCGGUUAGAGAGCUUACGACUACCGUUGAGAGCCUGAUCCUCGUUCCAGGCAUCAACUACAGUGACCAGUUCCUGUUAACUACGUUUGUUAGAUGUCUUCCAGAGAACAUCAAGAACUUGCUGGCCAGUGAGGCACGCGUCGAGUACCAUUCGUUUGAGACAUUGUCGAGGAAAGCCUUAGAUUUGGAGGCCACUCUAGGCAAUGCUCAACCCUCUCAGAGUGACACGAAGAAGAAGAAGAGUCCUCAUGAGUGGAAGAAGAAGGGGGCAAAAUUGAUGAUGGUUGAGUCCGAUGGGACUCAAACGGAAAUCGAUGAGCUCACUGACCUGAUGGACUACUCAGAGUACGACGGUGAGGAGACCGCUGAGGGUAGCACCAUCGCCGCAGUUGUAAAGGCUAAGGCAGGUGGCCUAGGGAAGGGCCAACCAAGAAGUCAAGGGAAGGCCGCCUCCAAUCAGACCAAGCAGGCUGAUAGGGUGAAGGCGGGUCUUGAUCAAGACGUGUGGCGUGACCGCCAAGUGCGUGGCGCUUGUAUCAACUGCGGGGAAUACGGUCACUCGCAGUACAAGUGCCAGAACGCAAAGCACGCUAUGAAUCGGAUCUUUCAUGACCAUUUAAAUAAGUUUGUCGUGGAAUACCUUGACGACAUUCUGAUCUUUAGCAAGUCUGCCGAGGAGCAUGCAAAGCACGUUGAGACUGUACUCUCACUCCUGCGACAGCACAAGUAUAAGGUCAACUUAGAGAAGUGUGAGUUCGGUCACACUAAGAUACUAUACUUGGGUCAUGAAGUAUCCGUGGAAGGGAUUAGGCCGAAGGAUGCGAAGGUGGCUAGUAUUCGAGACUGGCCACGACCUCAGACUGUCACUGAGGUCAGAUCUUUCUUAGGAAUGUGCGGCUACUAUAGGAACUUUGUAAAAAACUAUUCUACUGUCGCCUCUCCUUUGACUGAUCUAACUCGACUUGACACGCCGUGGGACUGGAGUGAUGAGUGCGAGGGUGCUUUCAAGAGAUUGAAGCAUGCACUCAUGAAUCAUGAGGUUCUCAUGGUUUCCGAUCCUCAGAAGCCAAUCAUAGUGACCACUGAAACAAGCCAAUACGACAUUGGCGCAUUGCUGGCUCAACAGGGUGGGAAAAAGUUGAGACCAAUUGAGUAUAUGAGCAAGAAGAUGCCAUCAACGAAGUUGGCAAAGUCCACCUAUGAAAGGGAACUCUAUGCUCUAUAUAAAGCACUUGUGAAUUGGAGACACUUCCUAUUGGGAAGGUUCUUCUACUUGAGGACUGAUCAUCAGAUCCUCAAAUGGAUCAAGACUCAACCGGCUCUUUCUGAUGCCCUCAAGCGAUGGAUUGAGGUUAUAGACCAGUAUGACUUCAAGCUUGAGUAUCUGAAGGGAGAGUAUAAUAAGGUUGCUGAUGCGCUAUCACGUAGAGCAGACUACCUAGGUGCGCUAGUUUCCAACUUUGGCGUAUCUGAUGAAGUAACUCAAUCGUUGGUGGGAGCCUAUCAGGAAGACCCUGUCACGAUGGACAUCAUUCACAAACUUCAAGCAAAAGACAAGGCCACGGAAAGCGAGUUUGUGAUGGUGGACGGGCUCCUCUAUCUUGAUAAGGCCAGUGUUUCCAUGGAUUUCAUGGACACGCUGGUGACUAGUAAGAGUGGCAAGAGGCACAUCUUCGUCAUCAUCAAUCGAUUCACCAAGCACGCUAGACUAGUGGCUAUGCCAGAGACCGCAAGAACUGACUAUGUCAUCAAGUUGUUCAAAGACAACUGGGUGCGUGACUUUGGUUUACCAAAGUCAAUCGUUAGUGAUCGAGAUGUCCGAUUCACAUGCCUAGAGCCUGAGGCAACCAAGGUUGAAGUUAUACGCAAUACACCUCAGCCCGCGAACAUCUGUGAAUUGCGCUCUUUCCUUGGUCUCGCGUCGUACUACCGGAAGUUUGUGCCCUGGUUCUCCAUUGUUGCUCGCCAGUUAUCCCGGUUAACAAGUAAGAAUGUUCCCUACUCUUGGGACACCGCAUGCAAGGACGGCUUUCAAGUUUUGAAAGAAGCUUUGGUGAGUUACCCUGUACUCCGCAUUGCAGAUUCCAAACUGACAUUCGUAGUUACUACGGAUGCAAGCCAGUGUGAAAUUGGUGCAGUGUUGCAACAAGAUGACGACGAUGGCUUGUGACCGCUCGAAUUCUACAGCAAACGCAUGCCCAGCGUAA